AUGGUUCCUCCUGAGUUGGAGUUGCCAACAGCGCUGCCUCCUGCCACUGUAUACUCGCCAUGUCCACAUGAUCUCGGAUGUCCAAAACUGACAUCUAAGUGCGUAUCAAAUCUUGUCUUAAAUUCAAUCGCAGUAUUUCCAUCUUCCAGAAGUCCAUGUACAUUUUCCGUUCGAUGGCGAGUUAUACGAGCAGAUGGUAAGCGUUCACGACAUGAGGAAGGUGGCACUGAGAUCGGAAAGUUUUCGUUCGUUAUUCUGGAAAAGGGCAUGCGACAUUCUCAGGACACCAUCACUAGGAUUCUGACGAUGCGACAUAGUAGCGGUCAUGUAACAUGUGAUUUAUGUACUGCAUAUGAUGGGAUCCAAAGACUUACGGUUUCCCGUAGAGCCGGUGUACUGUACCAACGAGCUCGAGCACGACGUGAUGGUGAACUGUUUCCUCUUCAAAUAAAAACGAAGACGACAGAAAAUAUGUUCGACUUUCGCAACCUUGUAAAUCAUGAUGAGAAAACUAGUGAAUAG